AUGUGCGUUAAUGAGGCUGCAGUGAUGGGCACUGAUAGGCUGCACUGAUGGACACUGAUAGGUGGCAUUGAUGGGCAUUGAGGAGGAGGCACUGGGGCGGACUGACAACUCAUGGGGCCCCCGGGCAAUAGGGGAUCAUGGGGCCCCUGUGUCCUUGCCCAAACUCAAAAAAGCCUAUGAAAAAGGUACCAGGGGCAUCUCAUGGGCCCCCUACUGACCCGGGCCCUCGGCAGUGCCCGAGUUUCCAAAUGGUCAGUCCGCCCCUGGUCUACCUUCAUUUUGUAAAGCGCUGCACAAACUGUUGGCGCUAUAUAAAUCCUGUAUAAUAAUAAUAAUUUAACAAACAUAUUUUA